AACAAGUCCAUAAUAUAUACAAAUGGAAGUAUUCAGUGUCUUAAAGCAUAUUGCUAAGCUAUGGCGUUCAUUUCAGCUGCCACUUCUGAGAAGUAUUCCAUUAGAUUGGUAUGCGGAGAACGAGAGAAGGCAACAGAACAUCGCGCGUGUUUGCAAAACGCAUAAACGUGGUCCAUGGGCAAAAAAGAGAGUGCAAAUGAACAAAAGCGAAUUUAAUAAUUUCUUUGUGGAUGACAUCCAUAAGAUCGUAUACUGUGAGGUUCCAAAAGUCGGCUGCUCAAAUUGGAAGCGCGUGUAUCUGGUGCUUACUCACAACAUGAAGCAAGACGAGGCGGAACGUACCAAUCAAGUGUUCAUACACUACAAAUAUGCCAACAACCUGGUUCGCCUGGUAAAAUACACGUCAAAGGGCAUCGAAUAUCGACUACAAAACUAUCUUAAAUUCAUGUUUGUACGACACCCGCUAGAACGGAUAGUAUCCGGGUACAGAGACAAACUGGAGGACCCGGAUGACAUAUAUCAGAAAACGUUGGGGAAGUAUUUGUUGAGGAAAUAUAGAAAUAUAACUACUGAAGACAACAAUGCUGGAACAACUCCAACAUUUUCUGAGCUCGUUCGGUACAUUAUAUCCGCUAAAAAACUCGAUGUGCAUUUUAGAGAGUAUGACCAGCUAUGUCACCCGUGCGAUAUACCUUAUGACGUCAUAGGAAAAUACGAAACGAUAGACACCGAUGCAGCAAAUAUCAUUAAACUCAUAGGAGCUUCGCAGGAAGUUUCUUUUCCGAAAAGCAAUGGAGCUGGGCAAACACAAAAAUUUGUAAAUAAAUAUCUAAUGCGACUGAACAAUACCGAAAGAUCACAGCUUUGGAAUAGGUACCGAUUUGACGGACGUCUUUUUAACUAUGGAUAUGAUUUUCAUUGAUCAAUACAGUAAAAGAG